AUGAAUUGCUUCAGUGUGGACAGAUUCAAGGAAGAAGCCUUUGACGUGAAGGAGCUGCUGGAAGAGGUCUACGAAGAGUGCAGGCACAAGGGGGCAGGUGUCUGUGAUGUUGUGAUUGCAGAGCUUGAAAAGAUAAAAGAGGCUCUAUCCUACAAGGAGGAAGAGCUUAGAGAGCAGAAGGUGCACUUCUCUGGAAAAUCGCAAAUAGAAGAGCUAAGCAAUGCCCUGUCCUCUAUUGAGAUGUCUCCGUACAGCCUUGAGUUUACAAAAAUAUUUUCUGAAAGAGACCGGCUCUUAAAAAGAGAAAGGUAUACGGAGUACUUGGCGUCUGCUGAAAAUGGGUCUCUGCUUAGGGAUGCCCAGACCCCUUCAGACCUCGUGGAAAUAGCUGAAUUUGUGCAGUUGGUGAUACAAGAGGCUGGGCAGGACGAAAACCUCGUGGAGGGCGAGAGCUUUUUGGGGGGGCUGGCUUCCUCCAUUCCAGAGGCUAUUUCCUCCGCUGUUUCUCUGGUUGCUCCUUCCGGGCCUGUCGAGGGAAGCUCUUCGGGGGAGCCUGCGAGUGCUGGGGGAGUGCCGAAUUCGGUGAUUGCGAGUGGGUCUGUGCCUGAGGGGCGAGGGCCUGUGCUGGAAAGUGCGCCAGGCGGGGGCAGGGUCUUGACGCGGAGUCUUCUAGGCCGGCUGGAGGGGUACAAAAGGAAGCUUGCACGCCUUGCAAAGUCUACGUACAAAGAGGCCGUGCAGAGCGAGAACAUGGAAAUGGCGAAGAAGGCAGCUGCUUUGUGCCGCGUUCUGGGGAUGCAUGCGUAUCCGAUUGAGCAUCUUGUGAGCACGCAGAACGCGCCUUCUUACAGCGCGCCCAUUCUAACGGAGCUGGACCUCCUGAAAGAGAACGCCCUGCAAGAGAUGGUGCGGCACUUGGCAAAGGUGCAGGAGCGCAUGGAAAAUGCAGCAUACCUUAUAAAAGACCUGAUAGUUGGCAACCAGUACCUGCACAAAAACAGCGUGAGCGCAGAGGCUUUUGACGCAAACGAGAUAUUUGUGCUGAUCAAGAAGCUUCUGGAAAGCUCGUUUGCGCCUGUUUUGGAGGCAAUCGAGGGGUCUGACGACCCGCUGGAGUAUCUUAUUGCGGUGGAAACAGUGUUUUCGCACAUGGCUCUGCUUAGGGGCAGGCUGUGCUCGAUAGUGCCCUGCAUAAAGGACCGAAUGCAGACAUUCUCGGUGCUGAGCGUGCCAGAAGACGAGCUGCUCAAGAAAGAGGCCGAGGCCAUACACGUGGUGGUAAACGGGCUGGUGAAGGCAGUUGUCUCGGGGAAGAGCGUGCUGAAAUACCGGCUAAACGGAGAGGUCAUUACGUCUUUGAAGAACCCAAUUGAGGCUGUGUUCAGGUACACGGCGGUGUGCAGCAAAACCUCGUUGCGCAGUGGGCGGCUGGGGUACAGCAGUAAAGUGCUGGACACGCUGUAUAAGUCCCAGCAGGGGGGGUUUACUGCUCUGCUGGACGCUGUUUUUGGCCGAAAGUAUGUUCCCUACUUGGGCACGGCCAUGCAUCUGAACACGUAUAUAUGCAUUAAAAACUUCUACAAAAAGCUGUGCACGCCCGCAAACAGCGAGUCUAUUUCCAAGGCCCUCGUGCAGCUAAACGCGUGCGAGUCGGAAAGAAGCAAGAACAUAUCCACGUUUGAAAUGUCGUAUCUUGUGGAAAAGUUUGAGGAGCUGCUUGUUGAGGCCAAGGCGCAGGAGACUGUGCUUCUUCUGAACGAGGCUUUUCACCACAUUGAGGACAGCCCCAUUUUUGGCGCAGUUGCAAAGGAAACCCUCCAAAUUCUGUACACUAAGAUAAGAGAGCGCGCAUUCACGCGCACCCACAUUCAGGACGUGAAGAAUAUUCUAGAGUACAUAGACUCGAUCCACCGGCCACUGAAAGGCCUGAAAACGGGCGUGGAGAAAAAACUCAAAAACCUGAAGGGUCUUCUAGAGGCUGUCUUUGUCGAUGCCUCCGACGUAGAGCGCAUAUUUGACCUGGUCAAGGCCUCGGAGGAGGAGAAGUCAAUUAUUCUGCGGCUCAGGGAAAGAGUAAAAGCGUAG